CCCGAAACUCGUGAUUUACGGACGGAGGUGUGUCUUGCCGCCCUGAGGAAGAAAUAUGCGCAUCCGUCCAGUAUUGACUGAGUCAGGAACAGCCUCUGGACCUAGUCUAGAAUUGGCAUUUCAUUAGCGCUUAUAACCUUGGAUGCACAGGUCUAUGCUUCACUUGUUCCCCACCUACAUCAUUCCCAACCGAACCGCAGAGACGUCCUCGAAACAUGACCCCAAGUGGCUUUUUUAAGGGAGAUACAAGCAUGGAAAUCAUUGCAAUUAUCGCUAGCUCAGGGAAUGAUGUCAACACUGUCCGAGAUGCAGUGAUAAUGUACAUUGUUGCCAAAAGGAACAAGGGUCGCUCUGAACAACAUAUACACGAGAAAUUAGAAAAAUUGGAGCGGAAGUUCAAGGACAUAGAGGCAUUACAUCCAGCCUGGAGAGACGCUCGAGCUUUAUUCCAACUUCGAAAGUCUGAGCACAUCCCCAUCCCCAUGUCCAUCGUCCGUCAACAAGAAAACGAGCAGCGUCGAAAAUUGGAGUGGGAGUUGUCCUCUGUUAUACCGUCGAGCCCUGCUGCUUCUUCCGCAUCAAAUUACACAUCCUCUGCUGCAUCGAAUCGUCUUUCAUCAGUGCCGUCGACUUACAGCCCUGCUGCUUCUUCCGCAUCGAAUUACACAUCGUCUGCUGCAUCGAAUCGUCUUUCGUCAGUGCCGUCGACUUACAGCUCGUCAGUACGUCUCAGCUGGGAGGGUAAAAAUGAUUUACCACGAGCCGAGGAAGAUAAACCAAUAGAACAUUCCGUUCUCACUCGUACCCGCCGAGAUACAGCACUGUCGUUGCUCUCCGAGUACUCUGAUGACUCGGAGCCCGAUGACCAAGUGUUCACUUCGCCAUCAGGCGAUACACAGACCUAGCAUGUGUUGGAAGGGGUCUGGGCCUCUUUAACUCGUUGUCCCGUUGCGCAUUGGACCUCUAUAUUCUGUGUCUCUCUUCC